AUGUCCACCCAAUCCCCAAACCCGGGCUUCGUGCCAGAAUCAUGGAGUCUAUACAGUGUCGGUGCUCUAUUCAUUGUACUGCGAUUAUAUUCGAAAAUCCGACGAGUUGGGAUCAGAGGCCUUCAACUGGAUGAUGGCUUCAUCGCCUUUGGUCUUUUCGCGUAUACAAUUUUAUGCAUUUCAUUCAAUGAAAUGGCAACUGGAGGAGGGUCCAACUUGAUGACGGCAGAAGAAGAAGCAGCCCUCACCCCCGAAAUCAUAAGACAACGUGUGCAUGGAAGCAAAUGGGUCUUUGUAUCGGAGCAUGCUAUGCUACUCACCAUUUGGAGCAUGAAAGCUGCCAUGCUCAUACUGUACACCAGAAUCACUGAUGGCCUCCGAGCGCGAAAAUUGCUCAACGGCGUGAUGAUUUGGGUGGUGUUGGCAUUUAUUGGUGACGAGCUGGCGUUGUUCCUCAUCUGUCGACCUCUCUCUCAAUAUUGGGCUGUCCCACCCACGAACGCACAAUGUUCGUCCUACGAGUAUUACCAGAUCGUCAAUGCGGUCUUCAACAUCUCUACCGACAUCAUGAUCCUCGCGAUCGGUAUACCUCCAGUGCUCAAUGCCCGCCUUUCUCUCCAGCAAAAGGGUAUCCUUGGUGUCAUUUUUGGCAUGGGAACCUUCGUCAUCAUCGCUGCAGUUUUGCGAGCAAUAUACUGUCUCGUCCCAUCGCUCAUAUCAUAUGUCUACAUGAAUUGGUACUUUCGCGAAGCUUCGGUUGCCGUCUACGUCACAACGCUACCUGGAAUAUGGGUUUUCCUCCGUGAGAUCUUCCCCAUCUUGUCCAAGAUCGGCACCAGCAGAAAGGGUACGAAGCCCACCUCUCAGGGAAACACGAACAAUUGGGGUAAUCACUCUGUCAAACCUUCACGCAACACGAACUUGGAUUUUUCCAAGGAGUAUGAUCUGGACUUGGACACAUACCCCAUCAGCAAGUCGAUGGUAACAACUUCGGAACAAGAACUUGAGCGAGGAGGACUGGAUGUUGUCCAUGGAGAUGGCUCUUCCACCAGCUCCGGUCGCUACGACCGAGCCGUGAACGAGAUUCGAAGAGAUGUCACAUUUACCGUCGAGCACAUGGAGAUGGACAAACGUUGA